GAUACAGUCGUCAGUCAAUGCAGCCCACACAGUGGUAGGAGUUAAGCAGCUAGUACCUCCCUCACUCUCUGCUGAUCUCCCGUCCAGUUAACCUGCUCAAGGUUGAACCAUCACUCAGGCUUCCUCAGUCCAGACCUGUCCUCACUGUGGUAUACACCAGUACAUGCUCUCUUACUGCGGACAUUCUCCACAUAUAAUCCUCAGCAAACUCAAUUAUUCGCUGACAGUUACACGUGGUAGUGAAGCUACUCUCUGGCUGCUGUUAUUAUUACAUUAUUGACCUGUUAGUACACCAGACUUCCAGCUUGUGAUCACAAUGAAAGCACAGCUGCAAAAUGGUGCCAUGGGAUACCCAGAGGUUCGCCUGGGUACUGUUACAGGUGACCAGGGAAGGCAGGUGAUCACUAUUAAAAGGGGCCAGAGCAAGCAGGUGGACACCCCGACAGGUGGCCAGAACAAGCAGGUGGACACCAGGACAGGUGGCCAGGACUACCAGGAGAAUAGCAGGGAGAAGUCAGAGAAGGCAGAAAGUGAAUCAUUUAAGAGAGUCGUUGUUGUGAGUGUGGUAGUUGUGGUUCACUUGGCUGUCAUCCUGCCGCUAGCACUAUACUACAUACCUACUGGACGAACCGGUGUCCUCUGCUACUACUACAACAGGUCAAGCGACGUGGGCCAUGAGUUGUGGCCCGGGUCAGCGGGCAUGGAAGGCUUGGUACAGGCGCCCAUCAAUGCCAAUACCAAAGUCAUCUUCAUCAUCCAUGGAUUCAGCGAGUCAUCACACAGACCCUGGAUACACAGGCUGACUGAUGCACUGCUGGUAGAUGGCGCAGAGGAGACAGUAGUGGUAGUGGUGGACUACUGGGAUAUGCUGAGCCUGAUAUACUCUCACAUGAGACAGAAUGCUCGUCUGGUAGCCACACUGGUGGCUGCCAUCAUUGACAACCUCGUCACUCAUAACAACAUGAAGUUGAACCAGACGCACCUCAUAGGGUUCAGUCUUGGUGGUCGUAUUUCUGGAAUGGUGGGAGCACGGAUCACCACAGGUCAGCUGGCAUCCAUCACAGGUAUAGAUGCGUCGUAUCCCUGGGUGCCACCUGAAUCUGACGAGGAGUUCUUGGAAGCCAGUGACGCAAGUCUGGUAGUCAACCUGCGUACUUCCCCAGUUGGAUCACAUUCACCUCCAGGUCACAUAGAUUUCUAUCCUAAUGGAGGCCUAACACAACCGGGAUGUCAAGACUGGUACACCCCUUACCUAGUAGAGCAAGUGUGCAAUCAUUACCGUGCUGUUGCACUGUUGAUAGAAGCAGUGAGGCACGCCAGGGACGGGGUGUUUCCAGCGUGUGGUUGUCCAGACUGGAACACCUUCCAAGAUAACACCUGUGAUUGUCACAUUGUUAAUAACUUUGGCUUGUAUCCGAAUGCCAGCGCUCUGGGCAGGUUUUACUUCACCACAAAUUCCGAAGCCCCGUUUUCAAGACCACUCGCUUGAGCGACCAUCGCUUGAGCGACCAUCGCUUGAGCGACCAUUGCCUGAGCGACCAUCACCUGAGCGACCAUCGCCUGAGCGACCAUCGCCUGAGAGACCAGAGACCAUAUAUAUAUAUAUAUAUAUAUAUAUAUAUAUAUAUAAUAUAUAUAUAUAUAUAUAUAUAUAUAUAUAUAUAUAUAUAUAUAUAUAUCAAGGGUGGAGGAGGGGUUCGACCCGCGGACGGUAGAUCAUGACUGUCAAUUUAGAGACCACGGUUGGAACCCUCCUUCAUCUUUCUCUUUGUUCAUCCACCAUAGUUCAUUACAUCUUAAUUUGAGUUGAUAUUAACAUUGUUGUUGACAUUGUUAUUGUUUUUGUUGGCAGUGUUAGUGUUGACAUUGUUAAUGUUAACAAUUUUUAAUAGUCACCCAUUCAAAAUUUUCUAUUGUGUCUAUGGUGAUGUUUGUGUUAGUCUUAUAUACAUUGCUGGCGGACUAUUUUAUGUAUAUUUUGUUUUUUAAAUCUCGCAAUCUAACAUUUAAUAUUCGUGAUGUAAUCAGCAAUAUCGAAAACUUACUGAAUUUGCAUCAAUAAAAAUAAUUUGAAAUCUGUUA